AGCGAUUUUCAUUUGGCGUGUUCAGCAGAACAGCACUCCGAUUCAGAAAAGUAAAAGAGAAUCGGAAAGUCCCAUUGUGGAAUGGGGCUUGUCUCCAAUUGCUGGUAUCGUAAGAGACGAUUCUGCAAAUUCAUCAAACUCGCCUGAUAUAUUUGAAGAAUUUAACAGUGAUGGUGAGAGUCAGUCACAAAAUGAUAAUAAUCGACUCCCAAGGACUUCUUCGAGGCGGAAAAGAAGUAGUUUAAAACGUUAUAGUGCUAUGCGUAGUAGAAAAAGAAGAAGUUCUUUCCAACAAGCAGUGGAAAUCAGUGAGAUUGAUGAAGAUGUGCCGAAUCAUAGCAUUACAUCGUGCCAAGCAGACCUAACCAAAAGUUAUCUAAAAGAUCCAACUCUUGAAGAAACUGCUAUUCUUCCAGCAGAUAACGUUAGCAUAAAUUCUAUUUCGUCUUUCACAACUGAAAAAGAUGAUGAGCAAGAUAUUCCAUUAUCAGAAUUAUCACAGCGAUUGUCCAACUUAGAAAUCGAUUGUCCAGAUGAAAGGUGCGUCAUUCAAGUGCACGAUUCACACAUCGAUAAAAAGUGCACAUCAAUCUCUUCAAACAAAUCUAGAUUACAUUCAAAUACAUCUCUAGUCAAAUCCAUGAGAAUGUCCGUCGCAUGCUCAUCUUUUUCGUCUCAAAUCGAUAACAAAAGAGAUGAAAUAGAAGAAGAAGACGAGUUGAAAGAUGAACCUCCGAAUACCCUCAAUUUCUCUAGUAGCUCUGAUGAAAAUAUUUCGAAUUGUAACAGAAAUAUUGGAGAAGAAAAAGACGAGAGUAAAAUAGAAAAGAUUUGUAGACGUGUAAAAGAAUUAAGCAGCGAUGAAAGUGACAAGCAGACGGAGAGUGAAGAUCAUACCGUAACAUCUCAAGAUUUUCUAGGCUUUAGAACGGAAAAUGUUGAAGCUGUAUAUACUGACCUCAAAGGCGUUAAAGAAGAAGACGACCAUGAUGACGUUGAAGAAGACUCUGAAGAUGAUGAAAGUAAGGAAUAUUGUUACAAAGACUUCGCUGAAAAGGAAUUCAAGGGGAAAAUCAACUCCACAAAUGUUUUGGAUGCAGAUAGCUCGUUAUCUAUGACAGGGUUUGAGCUUAACAAUGACCGCACAUUCGAUUUCAUACCUGGAAAAAAGUAUAGGCGGAGUCUUGGUGCUUUCCGUCAGAGCAAAUCAUCAACUGGACUAGGCUCUUUAUCACGUGUGGGAUGUAAUCGGUUCAGUAUCAUUCGACCAUCGGCAAAAUUGAAAGCAUCCACUCGAAAGACUUUGAUUACAACAACUAUCGAAGAGGAUCUUGAUGAAACACUAGAUGUGAUAAAUGUUGAUGAAGAUAAAGACGCUGCUAAAAACAAGGUUCUCAGUCUAUGCGAUCAGACUGAUAUUUUAAAAUUCGAAUCUGUUUUGUAUGAAAGUACAUCCACCGAUAUGAGAAAAAUUGGCGAAGGCGUUUAUGGGGAAGUAUUUAUGAUGAAUGAUCCAAGAAAAAAAGAGGAAUCAAUAGUCGUGAAAAUAAUUCCCGUUGAAGGAAAUCUCGAUUACAAUGGCGAAGUUCAAAAAAGGUUUCACGAAAUAAUUUCUGAAAUCUAUAUAUCAAAGGCUUUGAGUAAUUUGAAAAAAGAAAACAUUCAUGAAGCGAGAUUUUGGACCGAUGUGUACUGUAACAUCAUAGCUAGCAAUUGUUUUCGCGGAAAAUACCCAAAAUUCCUGGUGGAUCUUUGGAAUGAAUACGACGAGAAAAAAGAAUCUGAGAACGAUUCACCAAAAAUGUUCCCUGAAGAUCAGCUGUAUAUAUCGUUGAAAAUGAGCCACGGAGGUGAAGAUAUUCAAAAUCAUGAAUUCACCUCUGCAAGACAGUCUUACUACAUUAUACUGCAGGUGAUUUGUGCUCUGGCGGUCGCCGAACGUUCUCUAGAGUUCGAGCAUCGAGACUUGCACAUCGGAAACAUACUAGUAUCGAAAACUAAGGAAAAGUCGAUAUUUUUUAAGAUCGAUGGAAUGGAAUUUAAACUGCCAACGUUUAACAAAAAGGCAACAAUUAUAGACUAUACUUUGUCAAGGAUAAACGAUGAUAAUCAACUCUUGUAUAACGAUUUAGGGAAGGAUGAAGAACUAUUUCAAGGCCAAGGAGAUUUGCAGUUCCAAAUCUACAGGGACAUGCGAGAAGAUACAAGGAAUGAAUGGAAUAAAUUUGUGCCAAAAACAAAUUUGAGAUGGAUUCAUUACCUUGCCACCAAAUGCUUGAAGGAUGUUAGCUACAAGAGUGGUUCUGAUUUUCAUAAAAAAUUCCUUAAAAAACUAUCGGCAUUGGCAGAUGAAGUGCUUAUCUUUAGCAGUUGUCAUGAUUUCAUGAUGAACUCAGAAAAAACUAUGAAUUACCGUAUCGUGUAGAUUGAUUUAUCUAUAAAAAAUGUUGUGUUUGUUACCAGUACUUAAUUAAAAAUUUUACGAAU